AUGGCCGCUCUGAGCAGCCCCCGAUGUCUCUUCAACUCGCAGACUGCCCUCCGGCGGGUCUUUUCCCUCUCGACGCCCGCCGCGCCGUGCCGACACCUCCUCGCCAGCGGCCACGUGCUACUCCUCCGUGCCUCCUCACCGAGCCAGGUGCGCAGCUAUGCCGGCCCCCCACCGCGACGCGUCCCCCGCGGGCAGCGCUCCGUCGACUCGGCCGACGGCGGUGUCGCGAGCGACGAUCGAGGCUUCAGCCCGCUGUACACGACAGCGCAGGACAUUGAGCGGUCGCAAAAGGACCGGAUGCCGCAGGACUACGAGAUCAAGGACCCGAAAAUCAUGGUGCUCGAGAACGGCUCGAUUGCGGGCCCGCUGUCGAGCAAGUACGUCAUGAGCAAGCUCGACGAGAAGACGGAGUCGCUGCGCAUGAUUCGGCCGUACGUGCCCAAGGGUGCGCCUCUGCGCAAAGGUGCCGUGGCCGCCGGGGAUCAGCCCCCGGACAGCGGCGGCGCGGGGCCGGCGACGACGACGGAAGAGCAGUAUGCGCUGUGCGAGAUUGUCAACAAGCACGAGGCGUUCCUCAAGGAAAAGGAGCGCAAGGAGCGCAAAAAGGCGGCCGGCGCGGCCAAGAUCAAGACCAAGGAGAUGGAGCUGACGUGGUCGAUUAGCGAGCACGACUUGCAGACCAAGCUGCGGCAGCUCGGCGCGUUCCUGGCCAAGGGCAUGAAGGUGCAGCUGGUGCUGGGGACGAAGAAGGGCAGCAAGAAGGUGGAUGAGGACACGAUGCGUGCGCUGCUGCGCAGGAUCGAGACGGAGACGAAGGAGUUGGGCGCGCGUGAGCUGGCGCCGGCCAAGGGCGAGUUGGGCAGGACCAUGAGGCUCAACCUGGAAGGCGUGGUUAAGACGCAGACGUGA